AUGCCCCCCCUCCGUCCUCAGGUGUACGUGGCCGGCUCGGGCGUAAGCCUGACCGGGCGGGCGCUGCGGGGGGCGGCGUCGCUGGUGUACACGCCCAAGCCCUUUGUGCCCCUGCCCGACGCGCCGCUGGAGGAUCGCUUCGUGGAGGACAGCGUGCGGGUGAACGGUGACGAAUGGUGGUUCCGCACGUGGCUUCCUCCCGACUUGGACAAG